AGCCAAAAUUUGUCUGCACGGGGAACGCCUCUCGAGAGCUCCACGAUUGGUUGGCGGUAGCAAUUUUUGCCAACCAAAACAUGGCAGCUGUGACGUACUUCUGUAUGCUUUAAUACUUGUCAGGCCGAAGAAAUUGAUCUUUCUGAGUCACUAUGGAACCUUGCUCAUGUGACACAUUUGUUGCCCUUCCUCCUGCAACUGUUGGCAACAGAAUUAUCUUUGGGAAGAAUUCCGAUCGACCCGAUGACGAAGUGCAAGAAAUUGUUUACUUUCCAGGAAAAUGUUAUGAGGCUGGGGAGAAAUUAGAGUGCACCUACAUUGAAAUAGAACAGGUGAAACAAACAUUUGCAGUGGUUCUAAGUCGACCAUCCUGGCUAUGGGGGGCUGAGAUGGGAGCGAAUGAGUUUGGCGUUUGCAUUGGAAAUGAAGCUGUGUGGGGAAAAGAGGACAUUGGUAACGAAGAGGCUCUACUGGGCAUGGAUCUCGUCAGGCUUGGACUGGAAAGAGGUAGGACAGCAGAAGAAGCAGUGGAUGUGAUUGUUAGCUUGUUAGACCAAUAUGGCCAAGGAGGAAAUUGCAACGAGGACACAGCACAAUUUUUGUAUCACAAUAGUUUCCUCAUUGCUGACAGAAAGGAAGCUUGGAUAUUAGAAACUGCUGGCAAGUUUUGGGCUGCUGAGAAAGUUGAAGAAGGCAUAAGGAAUAUCUCCAACAGCCUUUCUAUUACCACGAAGAUUGAUCGUGAACACCCCAAGACAAGACCCCAUGCCAGGAACAAUAGUUGGUGGGAUGGAGUUCAGGAAUUUAAUUUUGCAGGAGCAUAUUCAUGGCACUACCCAUCUAAAUCAUCAUCUCAUGGAGACAGAUACUGCGAAGGCUAUAAGCUGCUCAAGAAGCACAAUGGAAAUAUGACGGCUGAAGCAAUGAUGGAAAUCCUUUCUAACAAGAGAAGCGGUAUUAAUAUGGAAGGAUCAUUCAGGACAACAGGAAGCAUGGUGUCCAUUCUGUCACAGGACCCCAACCAACCGUGCUGUCACUUCUUCACUGGCACACCAGAUCCUUCCAGAUCUGUUUUUAAGCCAUUCAUAUUUGCACCACAGAUCCAGCAGCUUCUAAAAACAGCAUCACCAUCUUUUGGUUUAGAUGACCCUGUCAAGCAAAUUCCAAGAUUUCAAACCAGGCCUGACAGGAGGCAUGAGCUAUGGAGGAAACAUGAAUCUGUCCUGGAAAACAUGAUCAUUACUUCUUCCAGGGAAAAGAGAUGUUAGGGAAGAUGAAGAAUCUGGAAAAACAGAAGCUUAAAGAAGUGGAAAUUAUAUUAAAUGGUGAUGUGGAUCUAGCAUCAUUGGCGCUGCUCUUUCCCAACAGUGUGGAAGAGGAGAUAAAGAUUUAUGGAUAAAGUAUUGAGAGGCUCUGCAUGCAGCUUUGGUUUUGUUUUGAAAGAAAGUUAUAUGAUCUAGACAAAAGGAGCACAGCUCAAUGAUGUAGUACAUCUAACUGCCCUACACAACAAACUACUCCAACAUAAAGCCUGCAUGUAGACAGUAUAAUUGCUGAAAUGGGGGUAUAGUGCAGAGUAACUUGAGUAUUUUAAAAAUGGUAUGGUUUGUAAAAUGAUCAUUUAAAGUUGUAUUCCAUUGCAUAGUUUUAUGAUAGCUCCUCUUUGAACAUUUUUGUUUUUCAGUUAGCAAUGUUGUUUAUCAUUUUUGCACUGAAACCAUUUUGGAGUUGUGUCUAUCAUUUAUUAAAAGAAUCCCCAUAACAUUCACUCUACAUGAACAACAACUCAUGCAGUGAAUAAAUCUAGCCCCUUCAGACCGUGAUUGAUAUCUGGCUGAAAAAGUGUUAAUGUAGUAAUGUAGUCUUCUUCAUCAAUCAUUAUCUAUAAAUGAGCUAAUCUUACCAUCAGGGAUGGGUGAAUUUUUUUGCCUCGUUUCGCCGAAAAAAUGACGCCCAUAGACUUGUAUGGCAGCGUGCGUCAAAAAAAAAAAAGACGCGCGUCAAAACAAUUUCGCUGCGCAACAAAUUUUUUUGACGCCCAUAGACUUUAAUGGGCUAAAUUUCGCCAGCGGCAAAUUUUUGGCGAAGUGGAUCAAAUUCGCCCAUCCCUACUUACCAUAUAUGGCCAUCUUAAGAGUAAUGUUGAUUAUCAUGCCAUUCUAAUCCUCCAGUUCCUAAAUAAGGGCUAUACUUCAUUAUUCUACGCUUGUCUAAACCCCUAUGUUAAACUAGCUAUGCAAGCCCUAUGUAUGUCUGCUAGGUUUAUGGGUGCAAGAUCUGUCAAUUAACCAUAGAGACUAAAUAUUAUUUAAGCCAUUGAUCUUCCUAUUAAAACUGAGCACCAAGAAAAACACAAACAUUGCUUGGAAAUAUCGUCUGCUAUGGCUACAAAAAUAAUUCUGCAUAUGCAUUAUUUCUAUUGUAAUAAAAGAUUUGUAAUUA